ACAAGUGGAUUGUGGAUGCAAGGCAUAAGCCUAUAAUCAAGAUGCUAGAGGACAUCAAAAUCAAGACCACGGACCUAUUAAGAGAACAUGAAGAAGAAGUUAGGAGUUGGAGACAUGAUUUCAGUCCAAAAUGCAUGGACUUGUACAAUGAGUACCUACAGAUUGCUCAAACAGCCUGUGAAGUAAAUGUAAAUGGUCAAAAUGGCUAUGAAGUUACAAAAGGAUCUGAUAAGCAUUAUGUCAAUUUGGCUAUGAAGAAGUGCACUUAUAGGUCAUAGAACCUUACAGGAAUCCCAUGUCCACAUGCUCUUAGAGCUAUACUUCAUGACUCUGGUGAUCCAAUGACAGAAACCAACUAGUGGUAUAUCAAGGAGACAUUUCUACUGACUUAUAGGCACAAUAUCAAGCCUGUCAGGGGAAAAAAGUUUUGGAAGAUUGAACAAUCUCAAGCAAUUAAGCCUCCAGAGCUUGUAAAAUUGGCUGAAAGACCUAAGGUUAAGAGAGAUAGGCAGAAGGAUGAGGCAAUUAAAAGACAAGGAGUGUGGUCACAGUCUUGAAAAGAAAGAAUCAUGACUUGUAGCAAAUGUGGAGAAAUAACUCAUAAUGCAAGGACUUGUGGUCAGGGAAAGAAGCAAAGUAAGAGUGGAAGAAUUGAGCAGGUUGCCACUAGUUCAGCACCUACUGCAACAACUGAGCAAACUGCCACCAGUUCAACACCUGCUACAAAAAAUUCAAAAGGAAAGCAGCAGAGGAAGAGGCCAAGUUGUUUGAUAGAUCAUGAAACUGAACCAAAUCAGGACAGUUCAGCACCUAAAGUUGAAAAUGAUAUCAAUUGUUCAGUGCUUCAAGCCACUCAACCAAGUCAGGACAAUGGGAUUAAGUUCAUGCCUACACCUGGAAGAAUGCUUAGGUCAAGAGUUAGACAUGAAGAAGAUGUUGUGCUUAGGCCAAGAGUUACAUUAGAAGUAACUACAAGGCUCAGGAUGAGACAACAUGCACAAAUAAAAGCUAGAAUAAGGUCAAUCAACUUCACUGGUGAUCACAAUGGUGUUAGUGUGCCAAUAGAUCUACCAUAUUCAGCCCCAACAUUACAGUGGAAGGGGAAGACUACUGUAAAUGCAAAUUAG